AACCCUCGAGCCAUCAGUAGUAGAAGUGUAGCCUGAGGUAAAUAAGUGUAAGAGAUGAUUGUUGCUCCCCCUCACCGUCACCAGCUAAACUGAGGUCGACCUCCGUACCUCUGAACGAGACAAAGAGGGAGUUUUUUUUAAACUACAUCCCUAAGACCGGGUGUUUGGAUGGUAUGGCUGAGUCGAACAGCGCGAGUUUUCCUCACACGACACCGAACGGGUCCAGUCGCCAUGAGAAGAGUUUGGGUCUCCUCACAGUCAAGUUCGUUACUCUCCUCCAGGAGGCCAAAGACGGAGUGCUCGAUCUCAAAGUGGCUGCAGACAGUUUGGCAGUCAAACAGAAGAGGAGAAUCUACGACAUCACCAAUGUUCUAGAAGGCAUUGGGCUCAUUGAGAAAAAGACCAAAAACACCAUUCAGUGGAAAGGGGAGAGUUCAGGCUGCCAGCCUCAGGAAGUUCUUGAGCAGGUUGAACUUCUCAAGGCAAAUAUUGCUGACCUGGAGAAUCAAGAGAGAGAGCUGGACAUGCAGAAAGCAUGUCUGCAGCAAAGCAUCAAACACCUGAAUGAAGACCCCUCCAGCUGCAGGUACAGCUAUGUGACACAUGAGGACAUAUGCGACGCGUUCAGUGGGGAUACUCUUUUAGCUGUCAUGGCGCCAUCAGGAACACAACUGGAGGUCCCAGUGCCUGAGAUGCCUUUUAUGUUGACUCAGGGCCACAAUGGUCAGAAAAAGUACCAAGUGAACUUGCGAAGUCACUCGGCUCCCAUCCAGGUGAUGCUGAUAAACAGAGAGACGAGUUGCUCCAAGCCUGUUGUUGUCCCCGUCCCACCUGUAGAUGACAUUUCUGCCAUGCCGACUCCUCCUAGUACUCCAGCAGGUCUGCAGAGGUUCCCCAUCUCCUCAGCAGAGCUCUGUGAUUUAAAGCGUGGGCAGCUCAAAAGCCCCACCGCAGAGCAUCAACUCACACCGUCCUCCACGUCCCCCGAUAUGCAUAUGGAAUGCAACUCUGAAUCCCCUGUCAGUCAGUGUUUGUUGAUGCAGGGGUCUCUUGGUGGUCCUGAAGAACAGCAGAGGGAGAUGGGAGGUCAGGAUCUGCAGUCCAUGCUGGAAGAAAUGAGGGAUGAGAGAGAAGGUGUUUCUAACCUCAUUGAUGAAUGGAUGUCUUCAGAUGUUUUCCCCCUGUUAAGACUUUCACCCAACCCUGGUGUGGAUUACAAUUUCAACCUUGAUGACAACGAGGGAGUCUGUGACCUUUUUGAUGUGCAGAUUCUUAAUUAUUAAAGCAUGAUUUCCCCCCCCCACACUGCCAACGGCUGCAUUCCUGCCUUCCAGCGUUUGCUCCUUGAACCUUGGCUUGCACUCAGUUUCACAUUCAUUUACAUUUCAUUCUUCGCUUGUGUUCUUAAGUCCUUAACAGUGUUGUCCUGUCUGCCUUCAACUGUGACUAAUAUUUCAGAGGAACAGACAGGAAUGAAAAACCCCCCACCCUUGCUGUACUUUAGACACUUGUGUGUCUAUUGUCAUUCCGUUUGAUACAGUUAUCAGUUUGCUUUCAGUUUUGUGACUUCGCUCAUUGUUCCUAAUGAGUGAUGGAAUACUUCAUAAGGGUGAAUAAGGGCAGUUUGAAUGUAAUCUGAGAAAUUCAAACCACCCAAACAUGAAACACUGUAGGUUUUGGUUGUACACUUGUUAGAACAUGUACCUUAUGAUCAUCUUUGUUCAAUAUUUUUGUCCUUUCUAUGGCAGCCCGUUUUAUACUUCAUGAUGCGUUAUAAACAGUUCUAACUUGAUGAUCUUAUCACAUAUUGUAACAAUUUGACGUGAAAAUGAUUAAUAUAAUUUAAGAACACACAAAGACAUUCAUUCGAAUGGCUUAAUUGUGUGUCUAACUAUUUAAUCACAACACUAAUUAUUUGUACGUUGGUUGUUUUGUAGUCCAUUGAUAGAAACACUCAUCUGUGUAUAUUUGUAUUGAGUUAUUUGACUGCCAUGUUGGAAUAUCGCUAUGCUGUUCACCUUGUUGUGAAAAGCUCAUUUGUUUUUUAUUGUUUGUAUAGAGGCAAUACUACCUAAUUUAAAAAGUGAACAAAUACGAUUUGAGCUUUAGCAUUUUCGAUUUAGAGGGCAAAAAGAAGUUAAACUGCCUUGGAUAAUCUUUGUUUAUGCAUUCCACAAGAUUGUGCCUUAUGCAGGUUUACUGUAAGUAACUUUAUUUUCUCUGUAUAGCUUUUGUAAUCAAAAGAGCAAUGUUUUUUUUUUGUUCUGUUGCACUUUUUUUAAACAAAGUUUUAUAUAAAACACUUGCUAUUGCUCAAGUACGACGAUCAUUUAUGUUUUGUGUGGAAUCUCGUCUUGGAGAGGAAACCUAUUUGUUUGUAACACUGCAAUAUAACACUUUAAGCAUU